CUGUACAUCGAGUACACUUUUGUCAGAUUUUGUGUCACUUUUGUCAAAUUUAGUGUCACUUUUGUCAAAUUUAUCAAAGAAACAUAAAAAACUUUUAUAUAUGUCAGGGUAACUUUUGUGCGUUUUAGUGUAAUUUUUGCACAUUUUGUUGUCACUUUAUAACGGAUGUUUAGUAAUUUACUGAACAUCCGUUUUAUUUAAAAGUUUGUCAUUUAUAAAAUUCUCUUUGUACCAAAAAAAAAAACAAAAAACAAAAUAUUCACAUUUCAAAACACUUGUUAUAGAAGAAAGUCUCUCAACUGAAAGUCUCUCAAUCUAAAAUUCCAACUCCCAAACGUUUAAAAAGUUUCAAACACUCCGCCAAAAAUGAAGAAUUUCCCAGAAAAACCCUAUUUUUCAUCAUCAUCAACAACAGAAACAACAAUCACAACAACAACUGAAUUUCAAACAAUUGUUGAUGAUUGGGAUAAACCCUUUUCAAACGAAGAAUUGGAAGCCAUUGAAGCAGCUUUUGAAGCUGCAACAUCAACAAUUUCUGCAACCCCUUCAUCUUCUUCGUCUUCCUUCAAAACCCCACGUAGCAGUUCUUCAGUUAACGGCGACGAUGACCCUAAUACCCGACCCACGACCCGCCGUCGAUUGCCGGGCUCCAUUUCUUGCUCAAAUGGUGAAUUGGGUUCAUCUCCGAAUUCGGGUUCUUUCGCGCUAACCCCGUGUUCAAGAAAUCGGGCCUUCCACCACCAAGGCAGUGUGAAAAUGAAGUAUCCUGCACUGAAUUUUUGUGGCCGCAUUGUGUAUUCCCGGACGACGGAGGAGGUAGAGGAAGCUACAUUGGAGAUUUUGAAGUUUUUGGAGGCUAGGAAAUGCGAAACAGGCAGGGCUGUUCUCGGCCUUGACAUUGAAUGGAAACCUAGCUUCGAUCGAGGUAUUCCACAGGGAAAAGCUGCAGUCAUGCAAAUAUGCGGGGGUAUGCAUCAUUGUUAUGUAUUGCAUAUAAUUCAUUCUGGAAUCCCUGGUAGUCUGCAAUCUCUCCUUGAAGAUUCUACAUAUAUCAAGGUUGGAGUUGGUAUUGACAAUGAUGCUGUCAAAGUCUUUCAUGACCAUAAUGUGUCAAUAAAAUCUUUGGAAGAUCUAUCCAGUAUGGCCAAUCAAAAGCUUGGUGGUGUACCUAAGCAGUGGAGUUUGUCUUCACUGGUCGAAACAUUUACUUGCAAACAACUCUUGAAGCCUAAGAAGAUUAGACUAGGAAAUUGGGAAGCUGAUCCGCUUUCAAAGGCCCAAUUACGUUAUGCAGCAACUGAUGCAUUUGCUUCUUGGUACCUCUAUGAGGUGCUGGAGACCUUCUCAGAUUUACCAGAGAAUCAGAAGGAGAACUAAAUUCUGGAAUAUAACUUGUGACUGACUGAUCACUGACUGUUAUAAGUGAGCAGGUUCUAUGUUCAAGGCUAAGAUGCUCACCCAGGUCUUUUCUGAGCUUGCUCUAGUUAUAUAUCAUUAGUAUUUUUCACAAGUCCAGUAAUUUAUUUGUCCUGGGACUGGCCCCUGCAAGAAGCAGGAGUGAACCCACCCAUCUCAUAGGCAAACUGUAGCACAAGUGCACAACAUUAAUUUUUUGUUUUUUUUGGGUUAGCCACUAACCCAGUUUUGAAGCCAGCAGAGAUGAAAAGGCGAAAUUUUAACUUCGAGGUUGGGAGGUUUGAGCUGCCACACAAUUCCCAUAUUUAUCAGUUUCAUUUAACCUACAGUCUGAAUCUUGUUAAGAAUGUAUCAGUUGGUCAUGAAAUAACUGUAACGAACGAACAAUUACUAUCAGAUCCCCUGGGAGUGACUCGCUCCCUCAGAAGGGAUUGUAAAACACAUCCCAUGUUUGCAUCAACAACUACUUUGUUUUAAUUCAAUGUAUGUUAUAAUGUGUUAUCCUUAAAUUAAAUGUGCCCUUGAUAGUUC